AUGAAGCUGGCAAUGCAGAAACAGAAAAAUAUAAGCAGCGAUGUAAAGUCCGGAGUAUCCGAGUUAGACGAGCUCUUCGACAUUAUCGAAAGUCUACGACGAAAUUGGACAAAAGCGGAAGAAGAGGCCGAGAAAUCAAGGGCGGCGAAACCACCAGAAGCACAAACUGCGACAAGCGACCUGAUGACCCCGACUGCUGCAUCAUCAAAGCGGAGGGCAUCCAGCCCGGUAGAGCAAGGGGCGAAGAAAAAGGUAUGCGAGACUGGCAACAUGCACAGAUGCACUACCGCAGAUUUACUCCUACCACAAAUCAUGCUGGAACAUGAAGUAGACAUAGCAGUACUAAGCGAACAGUACGCCUCUCCAAGUGCUGGCUGGUUUAUAGAAGACCUCUCUUCUACAGCAGCAAUAUGGUGCAAGGAAAUUUCCAAGCUCCAUGUGACGAAUAGCGGAGCAGGAAAUGGAUACGUCUGGAUAGCGAGCCAUCGCCUCACAAUCAUAAGCUGCUACCUUACGCCAAGUGAUACCAUCGCGGGUUUCCAAGCUAAAUUGGAAAAUAUUGAAGAUUUAGCUCGCCAAAUAAGCGGAAAUCUCAUCAUCGCCGGAGACUUUAACUCCAAGGCCAUGGAAUGGGGUAGUCGAACAACAAAUUCGAGAGGCCAACGAAUAUUAGACAUGGCCGCAAGACUAGGGCUCGUCGUUGCAAACGUGGGCAACAAAGCAACCUUUCGAAGACCUGGCUGUGAAGGCACAAUACCGGACAUAACUCUAGUGUCUGAGAGUUACGCUAGUAAUAUACGGGAAUGGACAGUUCUUGAGGACUACAAUGGCAGUGAUCACCAGUACAUCACCUACUGUGUUGGAGAGACAAAUACAAGCGCAACGAAAUACAACAAAAGCUCACGAAAAUGGAACGCAAGAAAGCUCGAUAGACCAAAGCUCAUCGCCAAAAUUGACGAAAACGAGUCAAACCAUGAAGAGCCAAAUAGCGCCAGACUAAAAAUACAGAUAACCCUGAGAAGGUUAACGCAAGCGUGCUCAGCAGCAAUGCCCAGGAUAAAAGGCGCACACCCGAAGAAGUCCGUGUACUGGUGGACAGAUGAAAUCUGCGGUCUGAGGCAAAUAUGCAUCAAAAAAAGGAGGAAGUACACAAGAGCACGUAGAACAGGUCUCGCCAUAGAAGAGCACGCCGAAUACAAAGAGGCAAAACGCAUCUUAAAGACGGUCAUCCAGAAGAGCAAGAAAGAAAAAUGGGAGGAGCUAAGACGCGAUAUAAACCAAAACCCCUGGGGACUAGGAUAUAAAAUCGUGCUAAAUAAGCUAGGGGCAAGGCAGCGCCCUCCUGAACUUAGCGAAGCCACUAUGGAAAACAUAGUGAAUACACUCUUCCCUACGCACGACCUCAGAGCAGAUAGGGAAUACAUAGAAGAAAACGACUUGCCACCGUCUUUCACGGUAGAGGAAUUGAAGGCAGCAGCAGCAACCCUCAAAAAUAACAAAGCGCCAGGUCCUGACGGAAUCCCAUCGGAGGUGCUGAAAGUCAUCGCAAACGAACGUCCGCAAGUACUGCUAAACAUGUAUAAUGUCUGCUUAUGUGAAUGA